UAAAAUUUCUUUAACUGAUCUGUUUUUUUAAAACAUAAAACCUGCUUUGAGUGAAGAGUUUAUGCACUGUCCAUCUCCUCGGCAGGCAAAUGGUUAGGUCCUUUGAGAAAGUAAGAGAAGAAGAGAUAACAUCAGUGAUAUGGGGAAGCUUGAGAAACAAAGUUCUUCUUCUUUGCCGGUAAAUCUAAGUGAUUUACUCCUUAACAUGUCAAACGAUGUGAUAUGUAGAAUUGCUGUGGGAAGAAAAUAUAGCCGGGAGGAAAACACUAGCGAUUUUGAAAAUCAACUGAGAAAAGUCAUGGAGCUUCUAGGCGCAUUUCCUGUCGGAGAUUACAUACCGGGUUUGGCGUGGAUAGAUAAAGUCCGCGGCUUGGAUCGUAAAAUGGAGGAAGUAAGCAAAACUUUUGUGGAGUUUCUAGAGAGAGUGGUGCAAGAACAUGUAGAUGAAGGAAUUCUUCCUAGGAGGAACGACAACAACUUUCACGGCCAUCGAUUGGGCAAUGACACUUGUCGUAAGACAUCCAGAAUCUAUGAAAAAACUCCAAGAAGAGAUCCAAACAUAUUCCAGGAAUAAGUUAUAUGUACCAGAAGAAGAAGUUGAGAACAUGAAAUACUUAAAAGCUGUGAUUAAAGAAGUCUUUCGUCUACAUCCUCCAGGCCCAUUGUCAAUUCCCAGACAGCUUAGUGAAGAUGUCAAACUAAAGGAUAUGAUCAUUCCGGCUGGCACAAUGAUAAUUAUCGAAACCACGAAACCAAACAAUCAUAUUUGAUAAGUAAACUAUAUAGAAAAAAUAUAUAUCACAUUCACAUAUGUUGGUUGAGUAGGUAUUCAUCAACGCUUGGGCCAUCCAUCGAGAUACCGAAAAAUGGGGACCAUAUGCAGAAGAGUUUAAGCCAGAGAGGCAUUUGGAUCUACCACUGAAUUUCCAAGGACAAGAUUUCAACUUCAUUCCAUUCGGAUCGGGAAGAAGGUUAUGUCCUGACAUAGAUUUUGCAACAAUGUUAAUUGAGGUGGGAUUGGCAAACUUCGUGUACCGCUUCAACUGGAGAGUUGAGACUAGACCACUUGGAGAUGAUGAUGGUUGAUGAGUAUUAUCUAGCUGAAACAAACCGGUAUGGAAGUUUGCCACAAGUUCCCUUUAAUUGCCUUUCCAUCUUUAGCUUCAUUCACAAUUUAGUGUACAACUAGAAUCAACUUCUCGGCUAAAAUUCACUAAGCCUACUUUUUGUUUCCUAAAAAUAACUGUGUUUUUGUUAUCAUUUUGGGUGAAAUGCUUUAAUAAU